AUGUCUUUUUACGAUUUAAGUCCUCUUGAUACAAACGACAAGCCAUUCCCAUUUGAAGAAUUAAAGGGUAAAGUUGUGUUGGUGGUCAAUGUUGCAUCUAAGUGUGGUUUCACACCACAAUACAAGGAAUUAGAAGAACUCAACAAAAAAUAUCAGGAUAAAGGAUUACAGAUUAUUGGUUUCCCAUGUAACCAAUUCGGAGGACAAGAACCGGGCAGUUCUGAAGAAAUUGCUAGCUUCUGUUCUCUCAACUACGGAGUGUCAUUCCCAGUGUUGAAGAAAGUCGAUGUCAAUGGGGACAAGACUGACCCAGUUUACAAGUAUUUGAAGGGGGAAAAGCUGGGAUUACUCGGGUUGAACAGAAUUAAGUGGAACUUUGAAAAAUUCUUGAUUGACAAGAACGGGAAGGUUAUUGAACGUUAUUCGUCAUUGACCAAGCCUGCUUCUCUCCUGUCUACAAUCGAGGAGUUAUUGAAGAAAUAG